AUGGUUUCCCUUAGUUCUUUUUUGGCUGGUACAUGCUUCUUUGCAGGCGUAUUAGCUGAUGGUGAACUCGUAUACCACAAGUCAGAUAUUGCUCUCUUAGUUUGUGAAUCAGUAAUUGAAAAGGUUGCUUUAUUUUUCGAAGAAACAGAUGCCGUUGGAUUCUGUAAUGUUGACAACCAACAGGCAUUAGGUACCAUGGCACACUGCUUGAAACAAAUCCCCCAAAGAGAAGGCGUUAAAGCAUUCCUCAAGUCUUGUGAGUCAUAUGGAUUAACAGAAGAAGAUCUUUACCUGGCUUAUUCGAAUGCGACCAAAUAUUUAACUAAUGUCACUGCUGAUCCUAACUUCAACUUGACAGAGCUAUACUAUAAGCCAGCUUUACUUUCGCAGAAGAGUAUUGACGCUGGUUAUCGCUCGGGUAUUGGCCGUUUCUAUAAUUAUAAUUAUGCUACUUGGUUUGGUGUUGCUUUAGUUGCAUACUGGUUCGUUGUUAUGUUUGUUGCAGGUAUUUGCAAUUAUAUCCAUUUCCUUUUCCCAGGGGUUGUUAAAGGAUUGAAGGGUUCAUUUACGAAUAGCUUUAGAAAAUAUAUAUCUUUGCCUGCAUUAGGAAGAAAGGCUCAUGCUGAACAUGUGUCGUUUUUGAAAAUCUUCCAAUGGGUUGUUCCGACAAGAUUAGAAUCAAUUUUGAUUUUUAUUUGGUAUAUCUUGGCCCUUGCUUUCAACGUAUGUUUGUACAAUCAUGAUGAUCCAAAUUUAUACUGGCCAAAAUCAGAAUCAGCUGAAAUUGGUCGUAAAAUAGCUGACAGAACGGGAAUCAUGUCAUUAUUUUUGAUUCCUACUUUAAUUUUGUUUGCUGGUAGAAAUAAUUUCAUGCAAUGGAUUUCAGGAUGGUCAUACUCAAGAUUUAUUGCAAUUCACAGAUGGGUUUCCCGUGUUACAUUUCUUUUAGUUAUGAUUCAUGCUGUUGGUAUGACGUACAACGCUAAAGGUAUCAAUCCUUUAAAAUACGACACCCGUAAUGCUAAAGAAUAUGUUAGAUGGGGAUAUGUUUCUCUUGUGGCAGCAAGUAUUAUGUGCUUCCAUUCUUUGUUGGUUUUCAGAAAAAAGAACUACGAGUUAUUUGUCUUUGCACAUAUUAUUUUAGCUGUUCUCUUUAUUAUCGGAGGUUGGAGACAUGUCGAGGAAGAAGGUUACCAACAGUUCUUUUAUGCUGCGGUGGCCAUAUGGGUAUUCGAUAGAGUUGUAAGAAUUGUACGUCUUGCCGCCUUUGGGGUUCAACUUGCUCAUGUUGAAUUAAAAGCCAAUGAAACACUCAAAGUUACUGUACCUAGACCUGCUUUCUGGAAACCAUUUCCAGGUUGUCAUGCAUUCAUUCAUUUUUUGAGACCAACCUGCUUCUGGCAAUCACACCCUUUCACUAUUGUCGAUUCAGCUGUCGAAAAUAAUACCAUCACUUUUUACUUGAAGGUUAAAGGUGGUGUCACACAUGGCUUGUACCAAUAUUUGGCCAAGCAACCAGACCAUAAGACACAAAUGAAGGUUUUAGUUGAAGGGCCAUAUGGCCAAAGAAUCCCUAUUGAUAAGUAUGAUACCGCUGCAUUCCUUGUUAGUGCCAAUGGUAUCCCCGGUAUGUACUAUGAAGCUAUGGAUUUGGCCAGAAGAUCCGUUGACAGACAAAGAGUCAGAUUUUACUGGGUUAUUCGUCAUUACAAGUCUAUCGAUUGGUUCUACGAAGAAUUGUUAAAGUUUGAAGGCACCAUUGUUGAGCCAGUGAUAUACGUGACACAACCUGAUGCCGGUUUGGCGGCACCAAUAGGCCAAAUAAGUGAUUCAAGCGAUUCCAACAAAUCUAUCGAUGAAAAGAACGAAAAAGAUGAAAACAACUUGAGUGAUAACGAAGUCUCCAGCGACUAUGUUCACGACUUGAAGACAAAAUUAUCUUUCGUCCAAUUCAGGGAAGGAAGGCCUUCAAUCAACCACUUAAUCGAAGAAGAAAUCAACGAGGCCAAUGGUUCCAUUGCAUUUGUUUCAUGUGCGCAUGGUUCCAUGUGUGACGAUAUUAGAAAGUCGGUAGCCGACAACCUUAGCACAACCACGCGGGUUGAGUUAUUUGAACAAGUCCAAAACUGGUGA